UCUCUGCAAUUGGCACAACGCCCAAGUAAUCCCUCUCUCUCUCUCUCUCUCUCUCCGUCCCUCCGUCUUUCUCUCUCUCAUGGCCACCGCAAUUGCUUUCAUCACGACGACCACUACCACUCUGACGAAGCUCUCUCCCUCUGCGCUCUCUCACUGUGGCUCGAACUCGAAUCGCUCAAACUCGCUUCUAUCUCUCUUCACGAACCCUAAUUUCAACACCAAAUUCUCAUCACUCAAGACCAAAACCCUGCAUGUCAAUGCGUCCUCUACCAUCGGUGCAGCAAAUGAAGCACUCAAUGCUUCCUCUCCUGGUUUGGUCGGAGCCAAUGAUUUGCUGAUUGUUGGACCAGGUGUUCUUGGGCGGUUAGUAGCUGAAAAAUGGCAGGAGGAUCAUCCAGGGUCUCAGAUUUUUGGGCAGACAGCGACUACAGAUCACCAUGAUGAGUUGAUCAAAAUUGGGAUCAAUCCAUCAUUGAAGGGAACAAAAGCAACUCAUAGGUUUCCAUAUGUGGUUUUCUGUGCUCCUCCAUCCCGAACCCUGGACUAUCCUGGUGACGUCAGGGAAGCUGCAUCAAGCUGGAGUGGGGAAGGUUCUUUUGUAUUUACUUCAAGCUCUGCGCCAUAUGAUUGCAGUGACAAUGGACCAUGUGAUGAGGAUAAUCCAUCAGUACCAAUUGGGAGGAACCCUAGGACAGAUGUCCUUUUGAAAGCAGAAAAAAUAGUGCUGGAGUAUGGAGGUUGUGUUCUUAGAUUGGCAGGACUUUACAUAUCCUUUAUGAAAAUGGAUGCAGCUUCCCUCUUGGUAGCAAUCUUGAAGAAGAAACCUCAGGGCCAGAUUUUUCUGGGAUGUGACAAUCAUCCUUUAUCCAGGCAGGAAGUAAUGGACCUGGUCAAUAAGAGUGGAAAGUACAGUCAGAAGUUUGAGGGUUUUGCAGGCACUAAUGAUCCUUUGGGCAAGAAACUGAACAAUGAGAAAACUCGUAAGGAACUUGGGUGGAAGCCAAAAUACCCGAGCUUUGCUCAAUUCCUUGGAGUAUCUGAAUAACUGCUCCUUCAAUUUUUUUAGAUCAAAUUGAGUUCAUGUGAAAGGGUAAAGCUUUUUAGAGAUCCAAUUGCGAAAAGUUGAACCUGCUCACGGAUUUGUGUUGAUGAUAAAAAUUCUUGGUGCUCAUUUUGAUUCAUUCUGAAUUACACUCACAGAUUGGAACAUGUGCACAGUCUCUUUGAUGGAAUGCGAUUGAGGUGAUCAUCGACUCCGGCUGAUUCUUGUCUUUGUCAUACAACUGGAUGAUACAUAUUUGCUUUUGGUUGCAGUUACUCCGGAGCAGAGAAUCUUAACCUUGGUUUGUGAGUAGAACCAUAAGAGCAAGGGAUGUGAUUGGACUUUGGAGGUGUAAAUUCAUUUGUAUGAAAUUACAGUCUCAUGCUCACUGUGAUUAUAUGUUUUGCAUCUCGUCUUUGUAAUUCUUGGUUAAUGGUGAGAAAAUUGAGGAUGUGAACUUUCUCCUUUUACUUCCAAUGAAGAUUGGUCUUGUUUGGAUGUGAUUGUAUGAA